AUGGCCAGCUCGGGAACCAAAGUCGCUGUAGUAGGGCCCAACGGGAUCCUGGGCGCACCUGUCAUCAAGCAAUUACUCGCAUCAGGAUUCGCUCUCACGCUGAUAACUCGAGAUGCAACCAAGACAGCACAAAAACUGAGCUCGAAUAUCUCAGCAGAUGCUCGGGCAAAGGUGAAGAUUGAGGAGGUCGACUUUUCCUCGGCCAAGUCUCUCGCUCCGGUACUAAGAGGCCAUGACAGCGUGGUGGUUCUCACAGGCCGAGACGAGCUCGAGCCACAAAAACAAGUCAUUGAUGCGGCAAUCGAAGCAGGCGUCGAACAAAUCAUCCCUUCUUCUUUUGGGGUCGACUCAACCAUUCCCGAAAUCCGCGCCCUUCCCAGUAUAGCAGUGAAAAUCAAGAUGGAAGACUACCUGCUGUCCAAGAUCUCAAGUCCAGAUACGAGUACGAGUUAUACUAUCAUCCAGACUGGCCUGUUCUUGGAUUGGGCAUUGGGUGUUGGUAUGCUGGUCAAUAUACUUGGCAAGGGAGACCAGCCUACCAUGCUCUUUGACAACGGUGAUGUGAAGCUCAGCACGACCCACGUGGACGACAUUGCGAGAGCAGUCGCAACUGCAGUCGAGCACCGCAAAGAUGAGAAGUUCAAGAACAAAAUGCUGUUCACUAACACCUUUGCUGGGACACAGAAUGAUUUCAUCGCUUGUGCUAAAGAGCUGGAACCAGGAAAACCAUGGCCAAUGAUCAAGGUCGAUACGGCGGCGGCAAAAAGGAAGAGUGAAGAGGCAUUGGAAAGGGGUGAUACUUCCCCCGAAGCGAUGAGAGGCUUCAUUGUGAGAAGCAGCUUUGGAGAUGGACUUGGACUAUUCUCUAAUGUUGAUAACGAGCUUCUUGGCGUCAAGGAGCGGGAUACUGCGUACCUCAAAGAGCUUCUGGCCGAGUUUCUGCGUAGGGAGUAA